AUGAUGAGGUUACGUUUCGGAGCAGAUGCGGGCGUUUAUUUUGAAAGAGCGAUCCCUAAACAGGAAGCGAAAGAGCUGCGCACUUUACAAACAUCGUGAACUGUCGCCGUAGCAGCUAUCGCCAGCUAGCAUCCUCCCUCACAACUUGGAGAAACCUUCAUUAUACAUCAUCAUGGCUUCCAACAUUCACAUUAAGAUUGGAAUAAUUGGUGGUUCUGGCCUUGAUGAUCCAGACAUCUUGGAGGGAAGAACUGAACGUUAUGUUGAGACACCAUAUGGAAAGCCAUCGGAUGCUCUGAUCAUAGGGAAGAUCAAAAACGUUGAGUGUGUGCUCCUUGCAAGGCAUGGGAGGCAGCACACGAUAAUGCCAUCCAAUGUGAACUACCAGGCCAACAUCUGGGCACUGAGGGAAGAGGGAUGCACACAUGUGCUGGCCACCACUGCCUGCGGCUCGCUCCGAGAGGAGAUUCAGCCAGGAGACAUUGUCAUCAUUGAUCAGUUCAUUGACAGGACAACCAAGAGAGCUCAGACACUGUUUGACGGACAGCCCUCCAGUCCUCCAGGCGUGUGUCACAUUCCCAUGGCAGAGCCGUUUUGCAACAGGACCAGAGAGGUUUUGGUGGAGGUGGCACGGAGCCUGGGGAUCAAGUGCCAUGUGCGGGGCACUGUGCUGACUAUUGAGGGCCCCCGCUUUUCCUCACGGGCAGAGAGCCUGAUGUUCCGCCAGUGGGGCGCUGACGUCAUCAAUAUGACCAGUGUGCCAGAGGUGGUCCUGGCCAAGGAGGCCGGCCUGUGCUAUGCCAGCAUUGCAAUGGCCACAGACUACGACUGCUGGAAAGAACAUGAGGAGGUGGUCUGUGUUGACAAUGUACUGAAGACGAUGAAGGAGAAUGCCAACAAAGCGAGUAGUCUCCUGUUAACUGCAAUACCCCAGAUCUGUCAGAUGGACUGGGCUCAGACAAUAAAGACCUUGAAAUCGUCAGCACAGUCUUCAGUAAUGCUGCCAAAACACUGAGUGCAGAAGCCACUCAGCACAGUAGAGAAUUCAGCUCUCCAACCCGUCACUUUCACCACCAACCCGGACAGUGGAUUCACCCUUCUCUGCCUGUGAAUUUAUCAUCAGUGAAUUGCAAGAAAGUGCCUGACACAUAGUGCAUGUCUUCCGAGUCCUCCGAGCUAGAGUUUCACAGUGGUUAUCCUGUUGCCUUAGAUUAUAUAUAUAUAUGUAUAAACAAUCUCAAAGGUAUACAUGUUAGGCUGAACUAGUUUUUCCUCUAAACUUUCAUCAUUAUGCCAGCAUGAUUCUCUGGCAGCUAGUCCAUCCACAUUUUUAGGCACUUCACAUUUUGACAGAUCAACAAAGGAUUUGGAGCCUUUUCAAUAUUAUACUAUAGAUAUUAUUUUUCAUGAAUUUAUAUUUUUUGUGGUCUGUAAAACUGUGGUCUCUCUAUGGCUGUUUGUGCAGGACAUUAAAAACAGCUGAACAAGUUCAACACGAAGAGACUUUGCUGCACCGUUUACUACAGCUACAACUAAAUGUCUGUUCAUUCAUGGACUUCACUAAACAUGGGCCAAGAUAUUAGCCAGGGGGUUAUUAAUAUUGGGGGCAUUUUUCUUGUUUUGUUUUGUUUUGUUUUGUUAGAAAAUUGUGAAUUUGUUGAAUUGCCCGUGAAAGAGGUCAGAGUGCAAUAUAUGUGUUGUAGAAUCCAUACCAUGCUGUUUAAUUUUGAGAAUCUGGCAGGCCAUACCUAUACCACAGACAUCCGAUCAGUGUUUGUCUUUACCAUCUUGAGAUAUGUUCUGAUUUUUCCAUUUGCUGCAUCUGGAAUCCUAUCAUGCUGCACAGGAUCUUGGCAUUUGGUUUCUCUGUAGUCUUGUUCUGUCGGCUUGUUUGAACAGUUUGAACAGAUAAGAUAAUAAAGACGUCCAUUUAUUUAAA